GCUAGCACCAAGUACAGUGUAUCAGGCCUAGGCACACUCAAACAUUUGCCAACAAACCACAGGAAUCACCCACUGAUUUCAAAAGUAGCCUACAAAACGAUGAAUGCCCGACUUACCCAGCCUUGCAAGAACAAUAGGCAUCAGUGAUCUUGUCCACAGCUAUAUGUGUGUAGAGGGUGUGUGGAUCUGCCGUUUUCCUCAUGGAACGAAAGCAUUUUGCUGUGACGUGCACAAUGUUGGAGGCAUCUUGUUGCUCAAACACCUUGAUCUCAUCCAAAAAAGAUGACAUGAACUUCUUAGGUCCUCUGUCCAUUGUAGUAGCUGAUAUAUUGUGAAAAUCCGGUAGAAAUGACGCACUAAUCGGGUCAGAAAUACACUGCAGAGAAUCAGUCGAAGUGGAAGACGCCAUAUUUAUAUAGAAACAACACGCGCCAGGCUUUGUUUGUGAGACUUGCGGCCACGUGGGAUUUUCUAGGUCAGUUGUGGGCGGAGCUUGGUAAGGUCCAUUCAUAUUGUAAUGACGUCAACACCGGAGAUGUGGUCCCGCCAAACGGCGUUUAUUACAAAUAGGUACAAGCUGCUAUUCCUGAGGCUGCAGCUCACGCCUCCAACAAACGGGCACACUCAACCGUUAGCUUCGUUGCUAACUCCCCUCUGAACUCUCCCCCACUUCCGGUCCUGGUACUCCCGCUCCACCAAUCCCCCGCCCACAUGACAGGCCUAUCACAUGAGAGUGGGAGCCAGCAGAGUCAGACAGGGAAAGCCCAUAACACUCUAACAGAAAGGAUCACAAUGCAACUUAUAACAAAUACAAAUAACCAUAUGGACCCCAGCAGAACUAAAACACAGAAUCGUUACAAUAUUAUACAUUGAAUUGUGGUUGAGCUGAUUGAAUGGGAAUGUGUGUAAUUGAAUUUAAAUAUAUAAGAAUAAUUGGAUUUAUUAGAUUCUAUGCUUUUGGGCAUGAAUCGGAUCAGUUUGCUUUGCAAAGUGCAUUGAGAUGACAUUUGCUGUGUGAAGGUGAUAUGAACAAAAUAAAACUACAAAAGGAAAUAAAGAUUUUUGUGUGUUGUUCUUUUUUAAAAAAUCUGAAAAGCAAGCCUUAAUAAAACAAAAAUAAGCCCUAAAUCUCUCCUCUCCUCUCCUCUUCUCUUCGCUCACCGACGCGCUCUGCCAAUGGGAGUGCGCACAGACGCACUGAGCGAGCGGGCAGGAGAGACACUCGUCCAACAUCCUCUGCGCGCCAUACAUCUGAUCUGUUUUCUGGAGCGCUCCUGAACACCUGCCGUGUAGAGGAGAAAAAAAAAAAGGCUCAACUUGUCAGCGCGUUUAAACUCUCAUCCAAAUUGUGAUGGAGUUCCCUACAGUUCCUUCAGAGGACUUUCAGGAGGUCUACUCUGGGUCUGCAACUCCUUAUUUAAAUGCCACAUUCUUAGAGGAUCUGCUGACUGAACCGUCUAAAAGCAACGAAACCAGCGGGGUCGCAGCCAGAGACACCUCAGGUCUCAUCAUCGCAGUCUGCAUCACGGCUCUCUAUUCUCUCGUCUGCGUGGUGGGACUGCUGGGAAAUGUGCUUGUUAUGUACGGAGUGAUCCGGUACACCAAGAUGAAGACUGCCACCAACAUUUACAUCUUCAACCUGGCUCUGGCCGACGCUCUGGCCACCAGCACCCUCCCCUUCCAGAGUGCCAAGUACCUGAUGAGCACGUGGCCCUUCGGGGAGCUGCUGUGCAAGGCGGUCAUUGCUAUCGACUACUACAACAUGUUCACCAGCAUCUUCACCCUCACUAUGAUGAGCGUGGACCGCUACAUCGCUGUUUGCCAUCCUGUGAAAGCCUUGGACUUCCGGACGCCUGCUAAAGCCAAGCUCAUCAACGUCUGCAUCUGGAUCCUGUCCUCGGCCGUCGGAGUGCCAGUGAUGAUCAUGGCGGUUACCAAGGUGACGGAUAAAGGAAACACCGCCUGCACGCUCAGAUUUCCCAAGCCGGAGUGGUACUGGGACACCGUGAUGAAAAUCUGCGUGUUUAUCUUCGCCUUUGUGGUGCCAGUCCUCGUCAUCACCAUCUGCUACGGCCUGAUGAUCCUGCGGCUGAAGAACGUCCGGCUACUGUCCGGCUCCAAGGAGAAGGACAGGAACUUGCGGCGCAUCACGCGCAUGGUUCUGGUGGUCGUGGCGGCUUUCAUCAUCUGCUGGACCCCCAUCCACAUCUUCAUCAUCGUCAAGACCAUGGUGGAGAUCAACCACAAGAACCUCCUGGUGGUAGCCAGCUGGCAUCUGUGCAUCGCCUUGGGCUACGCCAACAGCAGCCUGAACCCCAUGCUGUACGCCUUUCUGGAUGAAAACUUCAAGCGGUGCUUCAAUGACUUCUGUCUGCCGUACCGCUCCCGCUCGGAGCAGAGCAGCUUCUCCAGAGCGCGUAACAGCGCUAGGGAGCCCGUGUCUGUUUGCGUGCCUGCAGGGGUGCAAAGAGCGCCUGGCUGACAGAGCACGGAUCAGUCAGAGGAAGAAACGGGUCAGGAUGGACUGCAGACUGAUGACACACAGUUCUCCACCACAGGAGUCUGAGGUCUUGACCUUUGAAUGAUCCAUGGAUGGGGUCCAUGUUGUGACCCCUUAUUUAAAAUAUUAUUAAAGCAUUUUAUUUAAAAUAUACGAGUGCCUGCCGAUAAGAAAUCUAGAUAUGUUCCCCUGCGCUUUGCAUAAAAAACAUAUUUAAUUCACACAAGAUCGUAUUUCUAGAUUUAAAAAAAAAAAACAGUAAGUAAUUGGCCCUGCUUUAUUUGACUAAAAGAAUAAUUUUCAGCUUUAAUAGUUGGGAGCUCCACAUUUUACAGAGAAGAUUCAGGUGUGAGUUGUUUUAAAGAGUAUUUUUAAGGUCAGUUUGAGGCCAGUGAUGGUGUAUGGUCAGACGAAUCAUUGUAAUCGUCACUCUCCCACAGAUUACAUGCUGUAAUUGAUGAAGAUCACCUGCAUUUGAUAGCAGUCUGGAUAACAGCUUCCUGUUAGAACAGCAGAGAAGGUUUUGUUGAAGAUACUAAUGAUCGUGGCUCUAAGAAACGCACAGUUCUGAAGUUAAAUGUCAUACAUGAUCCAAUAAAGGAUGUCUAAAAAUUACAUUAUAAUCCUAAAAAUUGUAGCAGCUUGUAAAAAAAAUGAAGGACUUCAAAGUCGUCAAUUUGACAGCAUCAGCGCCACAUACUCUCUUUUUAUUAACUCAAAAACAUCCUGAAUUUAGUAGUUGGCAUAAGAAAAUGUUUUGUCAAAAGCUGUAAAGUAGUAGUAGUAAAAGCAGCAGAUUGUUACAAUUAUGAACUGUUAUAAUUGCAGUUUGUAUUUAUUAGGUUCUCCAUUCAAAGCAAAAAAAAA